AUGAGCAGAGAGAGUGCACCACCAAUGAAAAGAUUUCGUCGUGAUGAACUGGCUGAUCCGACAAAUCCAGAACCGUCGCUAGUAGUGCAUGUUCGUAAUCUGAAUCCAAAGGCCACUGAAGCUGAUUUGAUAGAAGCGCUCGGAACGUUUGGUUUAAUUGCCUACGUUACUGUUAUUCCAGCACAGAAGAUGGCAUUAGUUGAAUUUGAAGACAUCGAAGCCGCUCGAGCCUGUGUAACUUUUGCAGCAUCCAAUUUAAUUUUUGUUGCUGGAGAUGCUGCAUUAUUCAACUAUUCUACUUCACAAAACAUUCAGCGCUUGGGGUUUGAAUCGGAAGCACCAUGUAAAGUAUUGGUGAUUACUGUAUACAACGCACAAUAUCCUAUUGAUGUCCAUGUCAUUCAUCAAAUAUGUGAACCUCACAGUAAAGUGUUGAGGAUUGCAAUAGUGAGGAAGUCUAUGAUGCAAGCACUUGUUGAAUUUGAAAAUGCUGAAAAUGCGAAGAAAGUGAAGCACGCAAUCAAUGGUGCCGACAUCUAUUCGGGAUGUUGUACGCUUAAAGUUGAAUUUGCAAAGCCAGACUAUGUGAAAGUCACUCGUCAAGACUCGGAUCAGUGGGACUACACGUUGUCCGAAGCACCUCCUGGUGGAGCGGUUCCAUACUAUGGCGGAAAAUCGGGGUAUCCCAAAAUGGAAGAGAACAACGGCUAUGCAGAUGAUCCUUAUGCUUUUCGUGGUUCAUUUGCCGGACGUGGUUAUGAUAGCUAUGGUGGACCGUCUCGUGGCAGUUUUCCUUCACGUCGAAGACUUCCACCUGAUUAUCGUGGCGACUGUGGAGACUAUGACACACCUCAGCAUUAUCCUCCAGUUGGUGGCUCGGGCUGCGUAGUGAUGAUUUACGGCAUUGAUCAGGAGAAACUGAAUUGUGAGAUGCUGUUCAAUUUGUUAUGUCAAUAUGGAAACGUUCUUAGAAUUCGAUUUAUGGCAACAAAAAGGGACACCGUUAUGGCUGAACUUGGGACACCAAUGGCGGUUACCAAUGUCUUGAAGUAUCUUCAAGGAAUAACGUUGUUUGGUUUAACUUUGCAAAUGAAACCUAGUAUCCAGAAUAGUGUUAGAGAUGUACAUGAACCGUUUAGUCUUCCUGAUGGAUCUCCGUCGUUCCGAGACUACUCUAUGUCUGCACUUCAACGUUUUUCAACACCAGAUGCAGCUGCACGCAACCGACUUAUUUAUCCGACAAAGAUACUGCACUGGUAUAACGCUCCUGUCAAUAUGGACGAGGAUAAAGUCAGACAGCUAUUUUCGGAAAGAAAUGCUCCGGAACCCAAGUCUGUCACAGUAUUUGUUGGACGAAGUGAAAGAUCGUCCUCUGGUACUGUGGAAAUGGAGACAAUUGAAUCAGCGAAUGAAGCACUCGCUCUCGUUAAUCACACCCCGGUUGUGAGCCCUCUUGGAAAAGUUGGUUAA